AUGUGCAAUGGGAAUGGCGUACCCACUUUACAACUCUUUCAUCCUCAUCUACUUGCAGACCAAAGGUGCAAGCUCCAGUGGGGGUCAUUGAGUCAGACAUAUCGCAACUAUGCCAUUCAAGCAGUCUGUGGAAUUCAGGCUUCCAUCACCGGUGGUUUCACUCUUGAGAUGAAACGCGUUGGACGAAAAGGAACUGGAGCCAUCGCUUAUAUAUGUACCCGCGUCUUCUUGUUCCUGUUCACUAAGGCCAAUACCCCCGCCAGCGUUCUCGGGUUUUCCUGUGUCAUUGCCUUUCUCCAAAACUUGCUCCAAUCCGCGGUACUGGAAAUGGUCGGGUUGAUGGCCCCAAUAAUCGCGGCAUACGUUGGCGUGGAGACCAGCAUGCCGAUCUGGAUCUCAGCAGUGCUGUUUGUCGUCACAGGGAUUGUGUUCCUGGCAUUGCCAUACGAGAUGAGAGGUCGGGCAGCUGCAUAG